AUGCCACUGCUGCUGGCACUGGCGCUGCUGUCACCGUGGGGGUCCGCGGGCGGGAGCUGCCCCCCGCGCUGCGUCUGCGCCUCCAACAUCCUGAGCUGCUCGCAGGCGGUGCUGAGCUCGGUGCCGGCCCCCCUGCCCCGCUUCACCGCCGUCCUCGACCUCAGCCACAACAACGUCAGCCGGCUGCGCGCCGACUGGGCGCCGGGGCGGCUGACCCACCUCCACGCCUUGCUGCUCAGCCACAACGGGCUCUCCUUCGUCUCCACCGAAGCCUUCGCCCACGUCCCCCACCUGCGGCACCUGGACCUCUCCUCUAACCGUCUCCGGGCGCUGGAGGAGAACCUCUUCAGCGACCUGGCCGAGCUGGAGGUCCUCCUCCUCUACAACAACGAGAUCUCCGCCGUUGAUCGCACCGCCUUCGACAACCUCGGCCGCCUCCGGAAGCUUUACCUGGGGCAAAACCGUAUCGCCCGCUUCCCGCUGGAGCUGCUGCGCGACGGCAGCCGCCUGCCCCAACUGGCCCUGCUCGACCUCUCGGCCAACCGCCUCCGCAGCUUGCCCGUCGGCGAGCUGCAGGCGCUGCCCGCCUGGCUGCGCGACCGCCUCUACCUGCACGGCAACCCGCUGGCCUGCGACUGCCCCGCUUUUUCCAGCUGGUGCCCCGCGGGUCGUCGCCGCCGGUUGAGCGCCGUGAUGGAUUUCCAGGAGGAGCUGCGGUGCUUGCUGCCCACCGCCCCGGCGCCCGUCGGUAUCCUCGCCCUGGCCGGCCGGCAGCCGCUCAACUGCAGCGAGGCGCGGGAAGCGGUGCUGGAAGCCCACCUGGGUGACACCGUCACCCUGAGCUGCGACACCCGGUUGCGGGGGGUGCGUAGCCGGCACUGGGUGACGCCGGGAGGCGAACGGGUGUUGGAGGAAGGGGGUAACGGCAGCGCCGCUCUCCUGGCCAACGGCAGCCUGCAGCUGCGGGCUCUGCGCCCCGAGGACGCCGGCACCUACGCCUGCUGGGUGGCGGGUCCCCUCCUCAACGAGACCCUUUACGUGGAGCUGCUGGUGCACAACUUCACCCUGCACGGUCCCCACGACACCCUCAACACCGCCUACACCACGCUGGUGGGCUGCAUCCUCAGCGUGGUGCUGGUGCUCAUCUACCUGUACCUCACCCCUUGCCGCUGCUGCUGCUGCCGCGGCACCGACAAGCCGCCGGCUCCCCCCGACGACAGCAUCAACUCCUCCGUCCUCAGCGCCACCCCCAACCACGCCGCCGGUGUCCCCGGGGAGCCUUGUCGGUCCCCGCUCGGCCUCCGCCACCGCCCGGGGCAGAACGGCAGGUUCAAGGUGGGGGGGACCCCCCAGCCGCCCCCCCGGCACGGCCCCAAGGCGCAGAGGAAGGUGUCGGAUCCGGACUCGGUCAGCUCCGUCUUCUCCGACACCCCCCAUCGUGGUGUAGCGGAGGGGGGGGACAUCGUGGGGACGGUCCCCAAGGACACCCUGUCCCCACCGCCGCUGGGACAUGUCCCCGAUGGAUGCACUAUGGGCAGGAGGGGCCGCCUGGACCCCCACCGACAUGUCCCCAGCUGCGGGGACACAUUGUGCCAUCACCCCCCUGCGUCGCUGCUGUCCACCCACACCGACCUCCGCCAAGGACACCACCACCGUGCCGGCACCACGGGACCGUGA